GUCGUGAGCGAAAAGUGAGUCCACUCACGUUGGGAGGGUCGCGGAUGUACUCGUCGUUGAUGUUGUGGUCCGUGACCGGGGGUCGGCCGACGGUCUGGUACUGCUUCUUGAAUUUCUGGUCGUCGGUCGUGUGGCCCUCGGUGAAGUCGUUGCGCGUGGUGUCCAUGAUGAUGAUGAUGUAGGAGGAGUAGAGAAGGGUCGUUAUAUGUGGGAGAAUAACAGGCGAUGCAGUAGGUUGAAAGCCAGGGUCGGCGGCGAGCUCGUCGGUUUAUAUGUGCUCGAGGACGCGCCUGGCGAUCCUGGAGAAGGAUGCGUCACGGUGAUGUCAUCCCCGCCUUGCGGGGUGGCGUCGACAGUCGUUCUUGCAUACCUUCCGGAUAAGGGCAUCCGAUCACCACGUGAGCCGGUGUUCGACGCCACCACUGCCAGCCUGAGUGGCAAGUGCAACCUGUGCAACCCGAGUGCAACCUCGGCACUUACUGCCAAUAGAAUGGACUUCCUGACAAAGGCAGUACCGACACGCACGGUCACCAUGGUGCACACUUCCACCGCCAGCCCAAAUCCGGCCGACUCAACGAGCCCACCCAUCGUCGAGCUCCUGCGCUUCGCGUCCUCCUUGCUCAGCGUCCUCGCUGCUCUCACUCGGCGGUCCUUCAGCUAUGUCGUUAGCAAACCUCUCUGGACAACCCUCGCCAUAGCCUAUCGCCCUCUCUCCUACUUGCUCGCCCCGCUCUUCGUCUUCGUGAACGUGCUACUGAACGCGUUCAUCCUGACACCGUACGCCGUAGUCAGGGCCAUCGCAGUCGACGUCUACCCAAUUUACGUAUUCGUUGGCGCAAGCCUGCUCUGCGCGGCUUGUGUCGGCUUGGGAGCACGUCUAUGGGUUCAGGCAAUCCGUUCCACGAUCUACGGACCGCGGCCCACCAGCCACGAGGCCUAUCCUCCAGCGAAGCCGAGAAAGCGCGUCUCUAUCAAGGAGGAGGAAAGAUAGUGCUGCGGGAAAAGAUAUUCCAGGCUGGUAAUCGCGUUUUAUGAUACUGGCAACGCGGGACGUCCGGACUUGAAGCGUACGGCGUUGUCGGGGUUGAUUCAUGCUAGCGCAUCUUAUUGCCUGUGCCGCU